CAUGAUAAGUUCACGCUGCCAAGGCGAGCCGGACGGCAGUUUUGCAUCGUCCAUCGUCCACAACGAACCAACUCGUUUAUAGCGCGCCCGUCGUCGCAAAUCAACUCUCCAUCAUUAUUUUCCAGGAUAUUCAAAUACAUUCGACGCCAAUUGUUUGGUUUUUGUUUUUCUUCGCCAGUUUAUAGUGAAAUAAUAAUAAACGAGUGGAAAAACUUGUUGGCCGACCGACCGACAAUCGAGUUGUUUGGUGUGUGGUGGUGGUGGUUUGUCUUCCAGUUGUCUCGGUGAAUUUGCCCAGUGAAUUUAAUAGACAUACACAUUCGAAAUUAAAAAGAAAAAAUAGAAACCGCCAAUCAAUAACGAGAGUCCAUCAUCAUCCAAUUGAAUCAUGAUGAACAGAACGUGAAAGUAUCAUCAAUAUUUAUUAUCUAAUAAUAUUGAGUGCUGAUAUUCCCCAGCGCAUGCUGUAUACCUCGUCAUCAUUUUUGGCUAACCGGAUGAGUUGACACAAAUCAUCGUUGUUGUUUUUGAUUAUUAUUACGCGCGGACAACCGGACGUUUCAAUCAACUGCGCCCGCGUGUGCUGCUGUGUGUGAUCAACAAGCGCGUGAUUCUCUCUCAUGCCUUUAUUGACUGGCGUUUCUUCUUCCUCUUCCUCUUCUUCUACUCCUUCCGGUUAUUGCGCAUUCACGCCAGCCAACGCGCUAUGUGCCCGUGGGAUCGGAGUCCCUGCUGCUGGAGGAUCCUGCUGGCUCAAAUCACGUUCGUUACUGUGGCCAUGUGCCAGCAAUCGAUGGACACGAGCCAAUACGUGAUGAGCAGCAGCUCUGCAUCAGCCAUGAACGAAUCGUCCAGCAAUUGGAUGGGCGUGAGGGGCGAGAGGUCGACGGGAUCGGACGAGGUGAUGACGUCCAUGGCCCUGGUCCAGUCCAGGAGGAAAAGUGACAGCACCAGCGGGAGCGGGAGUGGACGAACGAAGCGGGACAUUUUCCACUUGUACAACAUGAUGAGCUGCACGACGCAAUGCGAUCCACUUUCCUACAAAGGUUACGGCUGUUAUUGCGGCUUUCUCGGCUCCGGGCUCACCGUCGACGCCAUCGACAGGUGUUGCAAAAAACACGAUUUUUGCUACGGAGCAACUCCUUGCCGCCACCAGUCGCUGAUCUACUUUGUUCCGUACAAAUGGAAGUGCAACGGUGGACAUCCUUACUGCGUCACGGGAUACGGGCAAAUGAAGGCGGGCGACAUUUGCGCCCAUCACCUGUGCGAGUGCGACCGACAGUUUGCCGAGUGCAUCCGCCAUUAUCCGUGUCCGGCCAAGAAGACGACCUGCCCGUCCAAUCCGCUCAGAAGUCUUGGCUGAUUUAUCCUUCCAGAAGAAAAAACAAAUUAUUAUUUUUUUAAAUAAAAGGCCAAAACUAUAAAAACAUUUUGAAUUCAUCUUUUCUAAUUCAAAAAGAAAUUGCAUUUUUCAAACGACUUGAAAUUUCCAGAUUCUUGUUUCCCCUCUUCGUACGUGAAUGUAUGUGAAACUUAUUGACUGUUUGAGUGCCUUUAUUAUUUCCACGUUCCACAUCGCAAUCAGCCUAUAUAAUCUAUAAUUGACUUCCACUUCAUUAUUAUUUUAGUUCUCGUGUUCGGAAACAUAGCACUGCCCCUCCACACACACACACACACCAACAAGUGCUCGACUGCCUGCAUAAUCUUUGAUCACCGUUUUGUCCAUUUCCCAUAUCGCUAAUUUCACACUAAAAGAUUGCAAUCAAAUAUACACAAUGAACUGAUA